CGCCUGCAGCCAGAUAACAGCCCCAACAGUUGGACCGAGAGUCGAGCUAGUCCACCGCGUCAACCACCUGAUGGACAGCACAACAGUCUAACGGACUCUCUCUGUAACAGCGCUGAAAGUUACAGUGUGUUUGGUAGUCUGUGAAGAAGUUCUUCUGAGACACUGUCGACAAAGAGGAAGGCUGUAGGAGAGACAGGGGGAGACGGACGCAGCUUUCUGUUAAUUCAGCUCCAGCGGCAAAACGGCACCAUGAGCGUCCCGCUUUACGCACCGACUCCCAUCCAGCCGGCUCACCCGACACCCUUCUACAUCGAGGACAUCCUGGGGAGGACCGCCACCGCCAACACCUCCUCACCCUCUUCGUCCUCCUCCUCCUGCUGCUCCACUCCGAUCGUUCCCACGCCGACUCUCCCGUCGCCCAACUCCUCCUUCACGAGUCUCAUCUCGCCUUACAGGACUCCGAUUUACGAGCCCACACCGAUCCACCCGGCGUUGUCUCACCACGCCGCCGCCCUGACCGCGACGUACGCCUCCGCCGGGGCUUUCGCCGGCUCCAUCUACCCGUUCCACCACCAGCACCACCGCUCCAUGGGGGAGUACGCACACGCGCUGCUGAGGCACGACCCUCUCGGGAAACCUCUGCUGUGGACUCCCUUCAUACAGCGGCCCUUGCACAAGAGAAAGGGCGGCCAGGUCCGCUUUUCAAACGACCAGACGAUCGAGCUUGAGAAGAAGUUCGAGACGCAGAAGUACCUCUCGCCCCCGGAGAGGAAGCGACUGGCCAAGAUGCUGCAACUUAGCGAGAGACAGGUCAAAACGUGGUUCCAAAAUCGACGAGCGAAGUGGCGGAGACUGAAACAGGAGAAUCUCCCGGGGGGUAAGAGGGAGACGGAGGACGACGGUUCCCCCGCCGGCAGGAGCAAUAGAGGAGACGAGGCGACCGAGUCCUCCGGGACCCGGAGCCUGGAGCAGAGACAGACACUCCCGGCCUCCAAGCCGGCGCAGGCGGACCGCUGCGUGAUGCGCUCCGGGUCCCCGCAGCAGCAGCAGCUGCAGCCCCACACGGAGCUGGACUCUGACGUCUCGGACGAUACGGACCAGGAGCUGGACAUCGAGGACGAAGACGAUUUCACGCUGAACCCAUAGCUGUGGAGCACAUGGCUCCACACUGACACUGGGUCCGCUAUGACUUUUGGACUCCUUUGGCUCUCACCGUCACUCCACUGGAGUCUUUUUAUGUUGACAUACUAUUAUAAUAUUCAUACAUCAGCAUCUAAAACAAUAAAACAUGUCCUCACAUCAAGGGCCUCUCACACGGGACUGUUGUAAACCUCGAGCACUCUGUUGUGUGUGUGUUGAUGUCUCUGUUAUGUGGAUCACUGUAAAUAACCGUAUAGGCCCAAGAGUUCCUCCGGUAACGUGUGUGUAUCGUCUGGGAUGAUGAGUGCUCGGGUUCAUAAGUCGUUGCCUUAAAAUGUGAUAUUACAAUAAAUAAUCAAUGUAGCAAAUGAUGUUUGGUUGGGUGAUAAUAUCUAAUAAACUAUUUAUUUUUUUUGGUAGGAAUAACGUGUCACUUUCGGAUGGAGCUCUGAUGAAAUUGACUGAUUUAUUAUUUUGUAUUUCUUAAAAUUGCAGGAAAAAGCAAAACAAUGAAUGACGUAAUGUUUGUUACAUCUACAACUCUGCAAAAAUAAAUAAAUAAGUGAAAACAAAACAAUUAACCUGAUAUUGAUAUAGUACUUGAAAAUAACAACAAUAAAUGUAAUACGUAUGUAAACCUGAAUUGGUAAUAAUUGCAGUCAAAGCCAUUUAAAGAAUGAAAGUUUUAAUAAGGUGAUGUAGGAACACUAAGUUAAAGCAGGCUGAAGAUGUAACCACAUAACUGUGUUGCAUAUAAGCUGCUGACCAACAAUCAUCAGUAUAUCACUUAUGACGACCAUGUCUAUCAUACAUUAUAAACACUCUUAUAACCCCCAUGUUUACAGCACUGU